GAAAAGGCUGUGCAUUCCUGCUUCCUUCUCGGCAAGUUUCCCAAGCAAUGGGGCUCCUCGGGCUGCUGGCCAAAGAGCCUGGGCAGAAAUAAAUCUCCCCAGCCAGGGCUCCUUCAGAGCUGCCCUUUGGGGAACGUGCCCCCAGUCUUCCCGAGAGCCCCUCAACCAGCGCAGCAGGUUCUUCCCGGGAGUUAGGUGUGUGUGGGAGCAUGUUCCUCCCCCGGGAUCCGUGCCAUCAGGUUUGGGGAUAGGACCAAGUUUUCCCAGCACAAGUGAGAAGGACACAGGCACCUCUCCUCUUCCAGGACAAGGGUCAUGGACACAACUUCUCCUGGAAGCCAGCAACUCACCUGCCCCUACCCUGUCCCACACCUCCCUUUCCAGGAAGGAAAGGAGGAUGGAGGCCCUCAAUGAGUCUGCCCAGUUCAACUUCUCCCUGCCUCACAACUUCGGCAAGCGGCCCACCGACUGGGCGCUGAGCGUUAUCCUGGUGAUCAUACUGUUAACCAUCAUGCUCUCGCUGGGCUGCACCAUGGAGUUCAGCAAGAUCAAGGUGCACUUCUGGAAGCCUAAGGGGCUGGCCAUCGCCCUGGUGGCGCAGUACGGCAUCAUGCCCCUCACUGCCUUUGCACUGGGCAAGGUCUUCCAGCUGAACAACGUCGAGGCACUGGCCAUCCUGAUCUGUGGCUGCUCGCCGGGGGGGAACCUCUCCAACGUCUUCACUCUGGCCAUGAAAGGGGACAUGAACCUCAGCAUCGUGAUGACCACCUGCUCUACCUUCUUUGCCCUGGGCAUGAUGCCCCUCCUCCUGUACAUUUACUCCAGGGGCAUCUAUGAUGGGACCCUGAAGGACAAGGUGCCCUAUGGCAACAUCAUGAUAUCACUGAUCCUGAUUCUCAUUCCUUGCACCAUAGGCAUCAUCCUCAAAUCCAAACGGCCACAAUACGUACGUUAUGUCACCAAGGGAGGGAUGAUCCUCCUGCUUUUGUGCAGUGUGGCUGUCGUAGUGCUCUCUGUCCUCAACGUGGGCAAGAGCAUUUUGUUUGUCAUGACACCACACUUGCUGGCCACCUCCUCCCUGAUGCCUUUCAUCGGCUUCCUGCUAGGCUACGUUCUCUCUGCUCUGUUCCGCCUCAACGGACGGUGCAGACGCACUGUCAGCAUGGAGACUGGAUGCCAAAAUAUUCAACUCUGCUCCACCAUCCUCAACGUGACCUUCCCCCCUGAAGUCACUGGACCACUUUUCUUCUUUCCUCUCCUCUAUAUGAUUUUCCAGCUUGGAGAAGGGCUUCUCCUCAUUGCCAUCUUUCGGUGCUAUGAGAAAAUCAAGCCUUCCAAGCAUAAAACAAAAAUGAUCCACAAAGCUGACACAACUGAAGAAACCAUUCCAACAGCUCUGGGAAAUGGCACCCACAGAGGGGAGGCGUGCCCCCCUUGCACAGCCUAGCCUUCCCCAGUGACCUGGAUUCUGGUCAG